UAGUGGCUGUCGGCAGGGGCUGUGGGCGGGGGCAGGAGCGGUGCGCGCGCAAUCCGUUGGUAUAUAAGCGGUGGCGGUUGGCCGCUGUGACGCAGCUACUGUGCGGAUUGCUGCGUGACUGUCGCCGUUGAAGGGUGUUGGGUGCCGCCGCCGCCGCCGCCAUGAGGGAGAUCGUGCACCUGCAGGCCGGGCAAUGCGGGAACCAGAUCGGGGCCAAGUUCUGGGAGGUGAUCAGCGACGAGCACGGCAUCGACCCCACCGGCACCUACCACGGCGACAGCGACCUGCAGCUGGAGCGCAUCAAUGUCUACUACAACGAGGCCACAGGUGGCAAGUACGUGCCGCGCGCGGUGCUGGUGGACCUGGAGCCGGGCACGAUGGACUCGGUGCGCUCCGGGCCUUUCGGGCAGAUCUUCCGGCCCGACAACUUCGUCUUCGGUCAGAGUGGAGCAGGAAACAACUGGGCAAAGGGCCACUACACGGAAGGUGCAGAAUUGGUUGACUCUGUGUUAGAUGUUGUAAGGAAAGAAGCAGAAAGCUGUGAUUGUCUUCAGGGCUUUCAGCUUACCCACUCUCUUGGUGGUGGCACUGGGUCUGGCAUGGGCACCCUCUUAAUCAGCAAGAUUCGUGAAGAGUAUCCUGACAGGAUCAUGAACACUUUCAGUGUUGUGCCAUCUCCUAAAGUAUCGGACACUGUAGUGGAGCCCUACAAUGCCACUCUUUCUGUACAUCAACUUGUAGAGAACACAGAUGAAACCUAUUGUAUUGAUAACGAAGCACUAUAUGACAUCUGUUUCAGAACCUUGAAGUUAACUACUCCAACAUAUGGUGAUCUGAACCAUUUGGUGUCAGCAACCAUGAGUGGAGUUACCACCUGCUUGCGUUUUCCAGGUCAGCUUAAUGCUGACUUGCGUAAACUAGCAGUUAACAUGGUUCCUUUCCCCCGUUUGCACUUUUUUAUGCCUGGCUUUGCUCCACUCACCAGCCGUGGGAGCCAACAAUAUCGUGCUUUAACUGUACCAGAGCUCACACAGCAGAUGUUUGAUGCAAAGAACAUGAUGGCUGCCUGUGACCCACGUCAUGGCCGCUAUCUCACAGUAGCUGCAGUUUUUAGAGGCCGCAUGUCAAUGAAAGAGGUGGAUGAACAAAUGCUUAAUGUACAAAACAAGAACAGCAGCUACUUUGUUGAAUGGAUUCCCAAUAAUGUUAAAACUGCUGUCUGUGAUAUCCCACCCCGGGGCCUGAAAAUGUCUGCUACAUUCAUUGGUAACAGUACAGCUAUCCAGGAGUUAUUUAAGCGCAUUUCUGAGCAAUUCACUGCUAUGUUUCGCCGAAAGGCUUUCUUGCAUUGGUACACUGGAGAGGGCAUGGAUGAGAUGGAGUUCACUGAAGCUGAGAGCAAUAUGAAUGACUUGGUAUCUGAGUAUCAGCAGUACCAGGAUGCCACAGCUGAGGAGGAGGGGGAGUUUGAGGAGGAAGCUGAGGAAGAGGCAGCAUAAAACCUGUGCAGUAGCUACUCCUGUAAAUUAUGUUUAAAGCUAUAUGAACGCCCUUCUCAUUCAGAAACUUGUCUUUAUUCAUGUCUUUACUGUGUACCUUCCACUUCUGUUUGCUGAUGACUUCAUAUCAAAUGCUGUACAGACACCACAAUUAAAGCAUUUUUCACAGCGCAGA